GGGCUGCCGCGCUGGGCGCGUUGGGUGGCCCGGGGCCUCGGGGCCCGAGGGCCCGCCUGGCGGCCCGGGAUUACCGUGACGUCACGCGGAGCCUCUGGCCGCCUCGGACCCCUCCGGAGUCGCACAGCCUCCCCACCGCGCGCCUUGGGGAACUCGCCGCCUCCUCUCCCUCCCCCGGCUCAUCCAUGGGCCCUCCUGCCUCCCGGCCCUCGGCAGCCUGUGCAGCGCCUUCGAGAGCGCGGGGCUCGGCGGGCCCGUCUGCCCUGGGCUCUGCCUCUGGGAGCGCCGAGCGGGCGGAGGACCCGGCGCUGGGCACCACCCGCAGCCGCGUAAGGAACUGAGGCAGCGCCCGGCUGGAGGCGCAGGACCGCGGGGGCCGAGGAGGGAGCACGCUAGGAAGAGGGAGGAGAGCCGAGGACAGCCACCAUGGCCUUCCCGCACUUUGGACACCCGUAUGGCAGCGCUUCCCAGUUCCUGGUGUCUGCAAACUCCAGCGCCACUUGCUGCGAAUCCUCCCCGCGCUCCGUCCCCGAUGUGGCCUCGGGCUCCAGCCCGGCGGCCGCAGCUCUCUGCUUAGCUCCCUACGACAGCCGGCUGCUGGGCAGUGCGCGGCCGGAGUUGGGCACGGCCCUGGGCAUCUAUGGAGCCCCCUACGCAGCCGCUGCGGCUGCCCAGAGCUACCCCGGGUACCUGCCCUACAGCCCAGAGCCGCCCGCGCUGUACGGGGCGCUGAACGCCCAGUAUGAGUUUAAGGAGACCGCAGGGAGCUUGGCGCCCAGCCUCUCGCAGCCGGGAGCCUAUUACCCCUACGAGCCCACGCUGGGGCACUACCCCUAUGACCGGUACCACUCGGCCACGGAGUUGAGCAGCGCAGGGCGCAGGAAGAACGCCACCCGAGAGACCACGAGCACGCUCAAGGCCUGGCUGCAGGAGCACCGCAAGAACCCCUACCCCACCAAGGGCGAGAAGAUCAUGCUGGCCAUCGUCACCAAGAUGACGCUCACCCAGGUGUCCACCUGGUUCGCCAACGCGCGCCGGCGCCUCAAGAAGGAGAACAAGAUGACCUGGGCGCCCAAGAACAGGGGCGGGGAAGAGCGGAGGGCCGAGGAGGGGGCCCGGGAGUCACCGGGCUGCUGCCUACGGGGUGAGGCCCAAGACCUCGCUGCGAGCCGGGAAGCUCAGGGACUCCUCCGGCUGAGUGACCUGGAGGAAGAGGAGGGGGAUGAGGAGGAGGAGGAGGAGGAGGAGGAUGAAGAGGAGGCAGAGGUCAUGGCUAUGGACAGGCUCGUGGAGUGCCACAAGGAUGCGCAGCCGCUGCCGACCCCAUGUGCCCUGGCUCCCCUGGGCCGGCCGGAGCGCAGGGAGUGCGGCCUGAAGGCACCCCGCUUCUCUUUCCCCGAGCCCCCCGGAUCCUCGGGAGAAGCUGACUUCCUGCGGGUGGAGCCAGGAGCCCCCGCCCUGACCACGCACUCCCCCUGCGGCCAGAAGCCCCGCAUCUGGUCCCUGGCGCACACGGCCACCGCCCAAGGGGCGCCCCCCGCCCCGCCCAAAACCCGCAGCAGCCCCGAGUGCCGCCUGACUCCCCGACAGCCCCCCACAGGCCUCAGAGACUCCGCACCGGACCAGCCUUGUUGCCUCGGAGCCAGAGCCUUCGGGAAGCCCGCGCUGGCGAUGCAGGUGCUGCCCCUGAGCUGCGCCUCGUGCCCGCGGCUGAGGGAGGCAGCGGGGCAGUGCCAGUACCCGCCGCCGUCCGGAGCAGAAGGUAGCGGGCCCCCCAUGGCGCUGGGACUGUGUCCAAAAGACCCCUGCCUGUGUGCUGCCCCGCCCGUGACAUACCCUUCGGGACCCUUGGGCACGGCCAGGUUCCACCUGGCACGGGAUGGGCGCACAGCCCUCUUUAAAACGGAAGCUUAGAGAGAGCAGUCCUAGGUUUCCCUCAUGUAAAAGCCAAAUAACAGUAAA